CGUUUCCACCACUCCGCCAGCUCGACCUCUCCGCUUCUCUCCACGCCGUCCCAUGCCGCACAGCUACCGCCGUUUGCACUCACAAAGCUUUACGCCUCUCGUAGCUGUCACAGCGCAGCUCUACCCAGAAUCCUCCCCCAAAGAUCCCUCGGCACCCGCGUCCCUCCAAGCGGCGGAAGCCUCUUCGCCCGCACGCUGCGCGCAUUGCUCUCUACCCUCCGCCGCGAUAUUUCUGCGUCGGAGGCCUCGAAUACACACUCCAGGUCGCAUAUACACAACAUUGGGCGCGAGUUGACGCACUUUCCCGCCUGGGCGCACCAUGAGCGCGACCCAGCGAGCGAGGAGGAGCACUUCGAGAACUGCCCCCGACACCGACGGUGACCUCGCGCAGUCUACCGGCACGAGUCCAAUCUCGAACCCUGACCUACCCGACCCCUCCUCCGCACCCUCCCCCUCACACCUGGCAGCAUCAACUGGUCUGCCACGCCUAAAUUCGGAAAUCCCUGAGACGAACGAAGCGACAAUGCUCUCGACACUAACCGCGUCCGCCCUAAUCGCUGCAGAGCCGCACAACCUCAAGGACGCAAAGGACGGCUUUGACGACCAUGCCGAUAACAGGUCUAGCAGCUUGAGCGAGCUUGGAGAUGCCUCUGACGAGCAUUCCGAGCCUACCCCGCGGCCGUCUACUGCAGUAGACCUGAACGAGAACGAGAAUGAUUCGGAAGCAGAAACUGAGCGCUUAGAGAACACCCCUCGCAAAUUGACACGCACCGCAACAGAGACGUCGCUAGCGUCUGAGCAGCUGUACCAGAGGACGCCGAGUAAGCUAGCGCAAUCGAGAACGAUAGAUCAGGAGGAAUCCGCGCCACCGACGCCUUCCAUUACUGCUGAAGACGCUGCGACAAUACCAGACGCAGCCGAUGGGACCACUGCUCUACAAGCUCUUUCCAUAGCCGCAACCACAGAAGCCGACAACCUAGCAGAGUUAGCGGGGAGGAAACGGAAAAGAUCAAGCGCCGACAACAGUUCCCUCGAAGAGCAAGCCGAUGAGCCUGCUAGGAAACGAAGCGGCACCGCCAAAGAUUCGACGCUCAAUUGCGAUCGCGAGGGUGUAGUCGAUAGCUCCGCGCAAGCCGAUGCUGAAGAAGAGCUUGAAAUUGCCGAGGAGCGCAUCUCGCAGCUGGCACAGGAAGAGGUUGAGCUAGAAGUGCGCCAGGCCGAGAUCGCAGUCGAAGCUGUCAAUGAAUUAACGACAGUCGCGAAACACGCAAAGCCACGCAAAGGAGGCAGAAGAGGCAAGCGGAAGGUGGAAGACAUGGCUCACUCCGCCGAGGCGCUUUCCAGCAUCGAGGGCCAUGAAGGGGAAGGUGAUGGCGACAACGAGGAGGAGGAUAGCGGAGCCGUAGACGAAGAAGUGGCCAAAAAGAAGCAUGCGAUCGAUGAACUAGCCAAGAUCGAGAAGAAGUUCAAAAUCUUCCGAGAGAAGUUGUGCGACGAGCAGAUCGCACAGUACGAACAAGAGCUAGAGAUGCUCAGACAGCCGAGCUGCGUCCAUCCGGAAUACCUCGCUAUGAUCAAAUGCAUAGACGACCGACGAGCCGAGAAGAUCGCCUAUGAGAAAACGUUGCUGGGGUAUAAACAGAGGACCUUGGAGAGGGUGACAGAGGCCCAACGUCAUCAGCUGCAUAGUCAGUACUUUCAGACUGUACGAGACGUGCGUGAGCAAAUACUCUCCGAGUGCAACCAGCGGAUAUUCGAGCUGCAGCGUGGCCGGCGGCAGCUAGGCGUGGACGAGGUGGAAUACAUGAUGAAGCUGCCAGAGAAACGGUCGGAUCAGAUUCGCCAACAAGCCGCGUACAACCUCGAAGUAUCCAUUCUGGCCGGCGUCGCGAAAUACGUGGGCUUCCCCGCAGCGCCGGAGAUCAAACCAGCACGGCCUUCCGAGAUCGAGGAGGAUCUUCGAGCGAUGAAGAUCGCAACUCGCCCUACCGCUCCUCCUCCCUAUGUACGUCCAGCGUAUGGCCGAACGUCAACCGCCGACGAAGCAGCUGCAGAGGAGCAAUUUCUCGAAAGGACACCGUGGGCGAAUCCUCAGCAUCCUGCGCACCAGCAGUCACAUUAUGGAGUCGCUCCUGCGCCGCCCCGGGUACCAAGCUAUCAUACGCCCGUUGGUCAAAGACGGUUAGAUGCACCCAACGGAUCGGCUUCCACCAUCGAAGCCAACUCGAAUCCUCCUUCAUCGACAGCCGGCGCGCUCCACAAUGGCCGUAUUGGAGAGUCCGAAUCGCCGGUGUUGCAGAUGAAACGGCAUCCAAGCGAUCCUCCACCCUAUUCGGAGACUCCUCGAAAUAUCGCCAGCCUGGCAAGAGAAUCCUACGCCAUGUCCAGCCCUGUGGGUGUGCCCCUGGAGCCACAAUCAGACGAACAAGCUCUGCGCUGGGGAGGAAGCGGCGUACGGUCGCUUAAUACCAGUACAUCCGCAGCGAUACCGGGUCGACCAGACUCCACGAGAAUCCCAUUGUCACAGCGCAGUGGCCUUGGUACCGUCAGCGUAGGGAGUGGGAAUGGUCUUUUCGGCCGGUGAUCGCUCUGGACAUAAUGUGUAUUGUAUGAAUAACGGCAACCGGUGUUGGAUUACUGGGCUUCGGACUUCAGUUGGAUCUCCUCCUGCAAUGGGAGAACUUGCGGGAGCAUUCCACACUGACGUCCUGGUAUAGACCUUCUUUUUUUUGGUUUUGCGUCAAGCGACUGGGUGGGCUUUGGAGCCCUUUGGAUGGUUAUCCCGCUUCAUCGGCGUUGGGAAAGGCGGCAAUCUCCUACUCGAAACACUCGUAAGCGUUUGAGGCACUGGCCUGGAUCUUCAGUUCUUUGUUCAAACCAAGAGGUAGCGAUUUCGGAUGCGGCUUAGCGGAACUGGCCGGCUUUGCAUGGAUGUCAAUGAUACCUCGGAGCGGUGUAUUCGUCAAUGAUAUUGUACAGUUCUCUGA